CGCACGGAGGCUACAAUGAAUUUGCAUUUCAAUUUCGCAGAAUACAUUUAUGUGCCGUAUGACUAUCACCGUAUUACGUUUAUGUUGGCUCAAUGUUGACAACUGAAGAGAAGGCUGUGCGAGUUGCUUAACACUUCGUAAAGAUAUUGCUUUGAAACAGACAAAGCUUUUAACUAACCAGGUAUAUUGAUGUAUAAUCUUUUUGUAAUAUAUACAGUACGUGCAUAUAUUGAAAUUUGAAAGUAUAACUUCUCAGUAGCUUUACAUUGCGAUAUUACUAUAUAAGUUUCUAUUGAGAGUAUAUAUCGGCGUCAGGUGUAACAUCGUUAACUGGACUGGAUGUAGCGGGAUGAGGGCCAAUAAGUGAUUCAACGCCUCGCGGAACUAUAUGUUAUAUGUAAUUACAAAUUGAGCAAUACAAUUUUCAGGACUUCGAAGCGAAAGUGAAAGCUGCCCAGCAGCCAGCACAGUAGACUCUAUCUAUAACAGUUUAGUGUAAUAGUUCACGUUAAGCCAAUAAACUGUUUAAUCGGGCGAAUUUUGUGGCGAUUUCUUCACCAAUUCAAUUGAUGCUUAAGGAACAGGAAUAGUUAAAUAUCUAAAGUAGAUAUGUUCACAGACAUAGACACGGAAGUAAACGUUUUGUUAAUAUUUAUUCAGGAAACUUUAAAAUCUCUGUACCUUUUCGCCACGACUUUGCUUGCUCGACAGCUUAGUAGCCUAUGUAUUGCUAUAAAAUGCCAAUUUUUCUAAUUAAUCAUUGUGAAGGCCAGAAUAUUUCAUCUAAUAACUCGGAAAUAGCGCUUGCUGAGCCACAUAUUGUAACACAAUAUCCAUAGACAUAGUACACAUCACUUCACUCGAUCGUCACCACAAUAGACCUCUAUCACGCUUUUUUAGUAAAUUUAGAAUUUGAUAUUAGCACUAUAAAUAGCAGAAAGGGAAAGAGGGUGGUAAAGGGUAUUUUCGUGAGCCGUGAAUUGCCAACAUUUGUUCUCGUGAAAUUUGAAAUAACACAUUUUUGCGGAGCUAAGCCGCCCCUCCCCUCCCCCAUUAUAUAUACGUCUGGGAAAUUUAUGAAAAUUAGCCCCCUCCCCCGAAAUAAGAACUGUUCCGCCUCCACUGUUGUUGUCUUGCAAUAUACUAACAUUUACGAAAUUUUAAAAUGUUUCAACAGGUUAUGAAGAUCUCUGUUUGCGAAUAAACUUGAAAUGGAUAAUUCCGAAGGACAUACCUACAGCGCACCAAACAAGGAUCGCGAUUACAACCAUUCGCCAGAUACCGAAAUCCCUCCUGAGAAAGGAAUAAAACCUAUGGAUGAACAAAGUGUGGAAAUGAAUAAUCAAAGUGAACAAAAUCUUCGAAACGGCGAAGCCGACUUCAGUGGGAAAAAUGAAGGAUCCAAUUCUGAAAGUUCUUCAGUAGAUAGUGAAGAUGACUACUUGGAUGAGACACCAACCAAUGAGGUUUUGUUCCAAGAGGGAGCAUUUGCAAACACUAGCGAAAGAAGACUGGACGAUACCCAAGUAGAGUACAUUGAACUGACCGAAUUUGAACGACGUUAUCCUGGCUGUGAAGCUUCUGAAAGUAAUGCAUUUAUAGCUGACCAGUCGUCGAAAAGAAGAGUUGAACAAGCAAUGGAAAACCUAAAAUUGGUCGAAAAUUUCCAAGAAAACGGGCAGUAUGACGAGGCGUUAGACUGUUGCGAUUAUGCUCUUCAAUUGCUAGAUUUGUCUCAGGACACUAACUUACGCAUGAAAUUUUGUAGCAAUAUUAUGCAGCUGUAUUUCUUAAAGGGGAAUAUCGACGCGGUAUUGAAUAUAUAUUAUGAGAACUGUGUUGAUGUGUUGGAGUUCGUGAGUGAUCCUAAAGUUAUACAGUCAAUCAUGGAUAUGCAUACUUUAUGUAUGAAGAAACUGAAAACGAAAGACGAUGAAGAAUGAGAAAAUGCACAAUUAAUUAAUUCAAUUACCGUUUCAAACAGACAAAGGAUCCUUACCAGCCCCAUACCCUUUGAUGUUGCGUGACGCGCGCGCGGGAGGACACGCGUGGAGGAAAGCUACGCACCUCAAUUCCCGCGCGUGCGUCACGCAACCGCUUAGCACAUCAAAGCGCCUGGGACGAGGCUGGAUCCUUAGUACACUCAGCAAUCAGUACUAAUCAGCAAUUGACCUUAGAGGUCCUUACGUUACUGUCAGACAAUGAAUAUUUUUUGUGUAUCGCACAUUGUAUUGCGUAUAUACUAUAUAGCUAAUGUUUUAUCCAUAUCAUGUCUACGUUUCCACUAAAGUUUAGUUGGGUCAAUACCAGGAGCACUGUUUUACAUCACAUAUAUAGACCUAAUUUUAACAAUUAAAAUAGCAAUAAUGACCGUUUUAAAGAGAUAAUGGCCGGACCUUAUCAUGCAGUGUACAAAUGUACAAUUAUAUACUCAGCUAUUAUCAUUAUUAUAUUAUUAUGAUAUUAUUAAUAUUAUUAUUAUUGUCUCGUACUUAGGGGCUGAUUACAUGGAGAGUUUUCAGCCCGGGCUGAGUUUCAGCCCGGUUUGAGCUGCCCUGGCUGAAAUUUCAGCCCGGCAUGCAUGUAAUCGCAAAUAAUUUCAGCCCGGGCUAAAAAACAACCGUUUAAAUGGCUUUAUUUUGCGUGUUUGUUUAAUUUUUAAAUACUUUAUAUAUAACCACAGUCUCACACAAG